AUGCGACGCCUUCAGGUAUAUCUUAUGGCAAUCAUCCUCGUCAACUCCUUACAACAUAGCGCUGUGGUUGUAUACUCUCAAGCAGAGGAAACGGAUAUAGAUUUUCCUCCCUUGAUUGACAGCGACGACAUCAGUUACUUCUUUGAAGACGGGGAUUUGGAUGGUUUGCAUUGGGCACUCACAAAUAUAUUUUAUCGAGGCGAACGAAAUCCUGAUGAAAAGGUCAUCAAGCACAAAUUGCCAAACCAACUCAUCGCUCGUGGAGGGGGUUCCACAUAUACCACACAAUACAAGCUUUUGCAUGAUCUCGAACAAACUGAGUAUCUCGCCAAGCACUUGGCCGAAAAGAGCAGGACAGAUAUGGAAGAAGCUGUAAAGAAGAACAACGAAGAAAAAGCAAAAUUUUUUGGAACCACCAUUGCACCAAUCUACCAUGCACUCUUGGAAAAAUUGCCACCUCUCCAUGAACUGGAACGAACCGGUGGACUGUAUCCCUUUGAAGUUGCCGACUAUGCUGCCGGUUUGGAUAGUAUCUAUAACAAAGCACUACACCAAACAAACUUUGACGAGUUAAGAGAUCAAUCUACCGGAGAACUUAUUCCAUUGUUGAAUCCAGAUUUGGAUGUUGCGUCAAUUGAAGCCAGUUUUCGGUCAGAAGGAGUCGUGGUCAUUGACAAUGUCUUGACGCCAAAAGCCUUGGAGCGUAUUCGACAACUCAUGCUGGAAUCAACAGUCUUCUUUCAAACCAAGAUGCCGCUCAAGUUUGGUGGCUACGUUGGGGCCUAUAUUGACGACGGUCUUCACGAUAGGAUAUUGCUUCAGCUCGCCUUUGAGCUAUACGAGAAGUUGCCGACAAUCAUGAAGGGGCACUUUCUGAAGUACCUCUGGGCCUACAAGUAUGAUUCAGAGUACACUGGGAUCAACUUACAUGCUGAUCAAGCUGCCGUGAAUGUCAAUCUGUGGCUGACACCAGACGAAGCCAACUUGGAUCCCAACUCAGGUGGCCUGGUAGUCUUUACAGCAAAACCACCAGCCGACUGGGACUUUGCCCGUUUCAACACUGACACGGAAGAGGUUCACGAUCUACUGUUAAAACCGACGAAUUAUGACAAUGUAACAGUGCCACAUCGACAGAAUCGUGCCGUCCUAUUUGAUUCAGCACUCUUUCACCAGACGGAUGAGUAUAGCUUCAAGAAGGGAUACGAGAAUCGACGGAUCAACUUGACCUUUUUGUAUGGCGAAAUGCAAAAGCAAGGCGUAAGUCAAUCAUCGGAAUUAUGA